AUUGACAGCGGAAGAACCAUUUUCCGGUUCUUUUGCUUUUCUUCGUUCUUUAUUCUUUUUUAAGUAAACUUUUUUGUUCUUAUUUAAGAACGCCAUUUUUCCUCCGAAAUCCCCGAAGCUGAAACAACAGGAAGAGAGAUUUGGAGACUUUCUCAUUUCCGAUCACCAAAUCUCCAAACAUGAGCUCCGACUAUGAUUAUCUGUUCAAGCUGUUGCUAAUCGGAGACUCUUCUGUGGGGAAAUCGUGUCUCCUGCUCAGAUUUGCUGAUGAUUCGUAUGUUGACAGCUACAUUAGCACUAUUGGAGUUGAUUUUAAAAUUAGGACAGUGGAGCUGGACGGGAAAACGAUUAAGCUGCAGAUUUGGGAUACUGCUGGACAGGAGCGGUUCAGGACUAUAACAAGCAGUUACUACCGAGGAGCCCAUGGGAUCAUUAUUGUCUAUGAUGUUACUGAGAUGGAAAGCUUCAACAAUGUUAAGCAGUGGUUGAGCGAGAUUGAUAGAUAUGCAAAUGAGACUGUAUGUAAGCUUCUAGUUGGAAACAAGUGUGAUUUAGUUGAGAACAAGGUUGUUGACACACAAACAGCAAAGGCAUUUGCAGAUGGGCUUGGGAUCCCUUUCCUGGAGACAAGUGCAAAAGACUCGAUUAAUGUGGAGCAAGCGUUCUUAACCAUGGCUGGCGAGAUCAAGAAAAAAAUGGGAAACCAAGCAAGUGCCAACAAACAAUCAACAGAGACUGUUCAAAUGAGGGGGCAGCCCAUUCAGCAGAAGAACAACUGUUGUGGUUAGCUUUAUUUUUCCUCAGUGUUCACAAAUUUGGGGGAGAAAAAACUGUGUUUGUGUUGGUUGCCAGAUGGUAAAUAUCAGUGGAAUGCCUGUAAACCAGAUAGUAAUUCCCAGCUGGCUGCAAUAUCUAAUGGAUCUUUUGCAAGCUGGGAAAAUCACUUGUUAAAAGUCUAUGCUGGGAGAAGUGACUAAUGGAUCUUUCUAAUUCACUUAUGAAUUCAAUUUUUAAAGUAUUGUUUUAAUUGACCAA